GUUUGAUGCAACUUGACGUCACUUCACUCGACUGUAUUGUAAAAUACUUUACUACUGUUUACAUAACCUAUAUAUAGUAGACUUAUUCAAUUAAAAUAUUGUUCAAUUAAUUAUUGUCGCAAAGAAUACUUUUAAUAAAAAGGAUAAUUCAAACAACAGAUUCACAAUGGCAUCUAAUAAAAAUUAUUAAACAAUUGUUUAUUGUAUUAUAUCGAUAAAUAUAAUUAUAAUAUCAACAUAAUGAUACUGAAAUGGUAUCAUUUUUAUUCUACUCUCUUUAGAAAUACAAAGCAGUUAACAAUCAACAGAAAUUUUUCAACAAUAGUUAAUGUGAAUAAAAGUCCAAAUGAAUUAGAACUUUUAGGACAAAAAUAUUUGAUAGAUGAAUGGACAAAUAUCACACCACAAAUCAUUUCAAAAUUAGGACGUAAUUUACAUGUUACUCGAUAUCAUCCGUUGUCUCUUGUACGUCAACGGGUGAUUGAUUAUUUUUAUAAAAAUUAUCGCAACAGAACAGGAAAUCCAUUGUUUAGUGUAUUUGAUAAUUUAAAUCCUAUAGUCACUGUCGCACAAAAUUUUGAUUCUUUACUUGUUCCCAAAGAUCACCCUAGCAGAACAAAAAAUGAUUGUUAUUACAUCAAUCAUGACAUUUUAUUGAGAGCUCACACAACUGCUCACCAAGCAGAUCUCAUUUCAAUGGGAUUAAACAAUUUUCUUGUAGUUGGAGAUGUAUAUCGUAGAGACGAAAUAGAUUCUACUCAUUAUCCUGUUUUCCAUCAAAUUGAUGCUGUUAGAAUAUGUACAAGAGAAGAAAUAUUUAAAAAUGUAAAUGGUUCAGGAGACUUAAAGUUGUUCGAUUCUAGAGAAGUAGAAUCUGCAGAAAAACAAGGUUCUCAUACCUUAGAGUCUGUAAAAAUAAUGGAACACGAAUUGAAAAGUUGUUUAGUUGGUUUGGCAAAAGCAAUUUUUGGACAAGAUAUAAAAUGCCGUUGGGUUGAUCAAUAUUUCCCAUUUACGCAUCCGUCGUGGGAAUUAGAAGUUUUCCAUGAAAAUAAAUGGCUAGAAAUAUUAGGAUGUGGUAUUAUAAGACAAAGUAUUUUAAACAAAUCUGGAGCAGGAGAUCGCAUGGGAUGGGCAUUUGGAAUGGGUUUAGAACGUCUAGCUAUGUGUCUUUACAAUAUACCAGAUAUAAGAUUGUUUUGGAGUGCUGAUACCGGUUUUUUAAAUCAAUUUAAAAUAGAUGAUAUUAAUACAAAGAUACAAUAUAAGGCCAUCAGCAUUUAUCCGCAGUGCAGAAAUGAUAUAAGUUUCUGGUUACCAGAUGAUGAUCAUUAUACUUCAAAUAAUUUUUAUGAAUUAGUUAGAGAAAUUGGAGAUGAUAUUAUUGAACAAGUUAUAUUGAAGGAUGUAUUUACGCAUCCUAAAACCAAAAAAACAUCUCACUGUUAUACCAUAGUGUAUAGACAUAUGGAACGUACAUUGUUAAAAACAGAAGUUAAUGAUAUUCAUCAUAAAAUAGAGAAAGCUGCAAAAGAGAGAUUUCAUGUUACUAUACGAUAAUGGAACGAAUAAAGCUUCAUAAUUUAUAUAGUUCGAUGAAUAUCUAUCUUGUUUACAAUAUAUAAUACUUGAAGGAAAUAAAAAAAAUCAAUGGAAGGAAGAUAA